AUGAAUGGUCAACACACGAGAAAAGUAGGGCGUGAAACGAUUCUGUCUCGUGACGAAGAAUCACAUCUUGUUAAUAUUAUCAAACGUAUGCAAGAAUAUAAUCAUCCAGUCUCUAACGGUGAUGUUAUACAGCUAGGAAGAUUAUACAUGCUGGAAUUAAAGAAAAAUAUUCCAGAAAGUUGUCCAACCAAAGAUUGGUUUUACAGUUUCAUGAAAAGAUGGUCAGAUAAACUUAAGAUUAUGAAAAGUGUUAAAUUAGAAAAAUGUAGAAGCGACGCAUUACCGAUUGAAAUACUGGACAGUUGGUUUAAUAAAUUAUAUGUUUUACUGACAAAAUUACAGCUGUUCGAUAAGCCUGCGAAUAUAUUUAACUGCGAUGAGAGCGGUUUCUGUGAAGAUCCCGGGACAAAAUCUGUUGUUGUAAAACGAGACACUCGAUAUCCAAAUGCUAUUCAUGGGGGCUCAGGUAAAGAACAAACAACUGUUUUAUUAUGUAUAUCAGCUAGUGGAAGUUAUCGUACAAUGAAAUUGGCGUUAGAUAAUGAUGUACACAUUCUAUCAUUACCCCCUCAUACCACGAAUGUUCUUCAGCCUCUCGAUGUGUAUACGUUCAAGGUUGUGAAAACGCACUGGAGAAAAAUAUUACAAGAUUACUACAAUAAAAACAAUGGUGCUAAACUGGAUAAAUCUGUUAUCCCUCUAUUGUUAAAACAACUAUAUUCAUAUUCGUUACGUCCAGCUUACUGUGCUGGCGGAUUCACCAAAGCGGGGAUAUUUCCUUAUGAUAAACGUGCAAUUCCUAAAGAAAAGAUAACGUACUCAUGCAAUAACAAUAAAAAGAAACGGACACGAACCGUAUCAAAUGAAUGCUUGCCCUCAUCAUGUGGCGAAGCAAGCCCUGUUAAUAGUAAUCUCAUGUCAAUGAAUCACAAAAGUAUUGGAAUUCAAUUACGAAAAUCUCCUUCAGCACCAUCAUUAUUAAUUCAAUCACAUGCCAGUUCUACCACGACUUUAACUUCUUCACCAUUAGCACAAACAACUACAACAACGUUAUGUUCAUUGCCACUGCUGUCGGCUGAUAUUUCUAUACCAGUGGGAACUUCUAAUUUCUUGACAACCGACUCUACAUCGGCUGUUCCACCGACAAUUGAUACAUCAUCGUUGAUAGCCAACUCACUAACGUUACUCAAUUCAUCUGAAUCGCAUUCUAAUAUGUCUGCUCGAAAAGACUUUUCCAGUUCACCAACUGUAGCAUUUGAGAUACCGUCCUCACCUCAAAGUAAGUUAAUUGAUGUCUUUUACUAA